ACAAUCGUAGUCCCUGGAAUUAAAAUUUAAUUAUUUUAAUUGAAUUUAAUAACAUUAAUUAUUAUGCUGAGAUAUAGGAUAUCAGAUGAAAUGAUCAAUUUGUAAUAAAAUGUUGAAGACUCUUAAUAAAAAACGGGCAAGUGAAAAACUCCGAAGCAUUCAAAAACGGGCAAUUAAACGAGGUUUGAGUUUAGAAUUUUUGAGACAAUAUAAUAACAUAUGUAAUCUAGAUCAAACUAACAAAAGAACGAAAAAGAGCAUUGUUUUGGCUAUUAUAUCAAUAUUUGUGCUUUUGGUGUUAAGCAGCGCUUGGGUCAAAAGUUUUUUAGCCAUAAGAUGUUUGGUGCCAACUAAUUAUCUCGUGUGGGAGGUGACUCGACCUUUAGCUGAUUGUGCUUAUUGCGAGAAUCUUACGAAACCAAUUAUAUUAUACAAUGUUACGAGGCAGGAAUUUGCUGUAAGAAUUUUCACAUUUUUAUAGUACAAAGUAAAAUAAAGUGACUAUGCACCAAAUUUAUAUUAUGUGUAUUAAUUUACUUAAUGCUUUUCAGCAUUAUUUUUAUUCCUCCAAACCGAUUAUUGUUAAAAAUGCAAUUAAUUAUUGGAGAGCAACUAAAGAGUUCAGUUUUGAAUUAUUUAAAAGACUAUAUCAACACACUGACGGUAGCUAUGAUAGCCUUGAAGAUGGCUGUCAGUUUUUGAAUUUUAAAACAGAUCUGUUCACACUAAAAGAAGUGUUUGAUAUGCCUGAGGCUAGGGCCAGAUAUGAACCAGGACAAGAUCCUUGGUAUGUGGGAUGGGGUAAUUGUCAUCCAGAUAUACUAGCGAAAGUUCGCCAGUAUUAUGAUAUACCUAAUUUCUUACCAGAAGAUGCUGAAUUUCCAGCCACAGAAAAUAUUUUCUUUGGAUAUGAAAUUGGAGCUGUUAUGCAUUUGGACUACAUAUCAAGACUUAUGUGGCAGGGACAAGUGAAAGGUAGUAAGAUAUGGUCUGUGGCUCCAGUACCAGAAUGUGAUCAUAUCUGUAAUAAGUUUCAGUUUCAUGUUCAAGCAGGUGAUGUUGUGUUAUUGGAUACUCGGAUCUGGUAUCAUGCAACUACUAUUCCCAACAGAGAAUUCUCUUUGACAGUUCAAUCUGAGUAUGGAUAAUGGAAUCAAUAUGUUGUGAUUAUUAGUACAAAUUAUAUAUUUUUUACAUAUCUAGUGACCAAAUUAUACCUGUAGUAUGUAGAUUUUAUAUUUUACACUAUUGUGUGCUUUUAUUUAUUUAAUCAUGUGCCAUGUAGUGGAACUACCCUAAUUUUAAGCAUUAAGAAGUAUAUUUAUUAUUUUUUUGAUGCAAAAUAAAUUGUUUAUACAUUAUGCCAUUGUUUUAUAUGUAUUUAUAGAUUGAAAUUGAAAACCAAAAUUCUGUUUAAAACAUUUUAUUUCACUAAUUCUAUGAUUAAAAGUAUUCAGUGAAGGAUUGGCAUCAAUACCAGUUUGAACAAUAAUUUGAAUACAUAAUUUUAAAUUUACUACAAUGAUCACACAACACUAAACACCAAUAGAAAUAUAUUAGACAGUCAUUUGCAAAUAUGAUUCUGUCCAAUUCUUCACUGAAGUGACUCAAUAUUGUAAAGUUCACAUAAUAGAGAUCAGGUUUCAAACUUGAAAAGGAUAAUAAGCUCAUUAUCAAUGUUUCUAUCAUAAAAGUUGGCAUUCAUAGAAUAUUCUUGUAGUAGCAAGAUUGUACAAUUUUGAACCCAAAUGCAUAAAAUGCAAACUUACAAUUACAAUAAAUAAAAUUUAUCAUUUGACCAGAUAGAUGCCAGUUUCUGAAUGGACAAUUUUAAUUGACAUGGCAAAACGUUAUCACAAAAGUAAUGGUACUAUUACAUUGUACCUGAAAUUGAUUUAAUACAACAUUAAAUUUCCAUAUUGCAACUACCCAAUCAGCAUUAUGGUAAGAUAGAUAUUAUUAUUGGCUGAGAAUUUGCUGAGGUAAUUAGAAGAACUGCCACACUCCCAGUACAGCAUCUUUUAUAGCUUCAAUGUAUUGAGCUGGCACCCAAUAUACCCAGUAGCAGGAGGCCAUUGUAGGACCUAGUUGAAGACACUGUAAAAUAAUAUUAAAAAUCAUAUUUAUACCAUGUUGAACUGUAACCUUAUAUCAACUAAUUUAGGAAGCUCAUUAUUAUUGCUUACC